GUAGAUAAAAGAUGCAUAAUGGUGUCUGGUGGCAAGUCGCAGGUUCUCGGAUCGGCCACACAAGCUUCGUCAUGGCCACUCAUAAUCAGACGCAAAACUUCUUAUGGAUUCUCGUCGUGCUUAUAUUCAUCAAUAGUUAUGGAUGUCACAGAAAAUGCUCCGCCAGAAGACGAAGAUGAGGAGGACCUUGAAGUCGAACUAGACGAGCUGGAAGAUCUGGUAGAGGUUGUCGAGGUGGAGGACCUGGUAGAGGUUGUCGAAGUGGUCCUUGAGGACGAAACAGAGGUGUUGGUGCCACCGCAGGUGAAUGGACGAGGGCCUAGAAUGGAGUCAUUAUUCGUUCCAACGGGAAUGAGGGAUUUAACCUACCAGGAAUCACAUCAGUUGAGGUCUCGUGCCAACUUGUUGAUGACUAGUACUUACGAGGUGGGAGAAGUGGACGAGGUUAGACUGGAACGCAAACGGUUUAUAAAAGAUACUUGCUUGACGGUAAUUCCUGGGUCAGAUCCUACAAGAGAAUUUCAGAACAUGAAAUCUCGUGAACCUAUCUUGCUACUCACCAGCAUAGGCACCAGGGAAGGAGACGGUGGCCGGGGAUGCGCUUCCACCGCCGUAAAUGCGAGAUGUCACAUAGAGGGAAGACGAACCAGGAUAAGUUCCGGCACCAUGCAGAGCGAUCAAUUCAACACGGAGGAAGUAGUCUGCGAUUGGUCAGCAUCUAGAUUGAUCAAAAUGGCAAACGACUUACUUCCGGGGGCGAUGCAGCUGGGAAUGGUGAAGGAGGUCUUGCCACCAUUCGCAAGCAUGGUGUCGACGGCCCAAGUACCAUCCGAGUGA